UUAAAAGUUAUUCUUUGUCUCCUGUAGGUUACUUGAAAAUACGAUAGAUAAAUUUUGUUAAGUAAUACAUUAUGUGUUUUUAUAAAAAAAAUGCUCCGAUAAAAUUUGACUUAUUAGUCACGUUACAUCCUACACGAAGUAACGAUGUGACCGUUACGUCACAUACAACAAACAUUUUUAUAGAUAAGAUUCAUGCAAUCUGUGAUUAAAUUACGACAACACGAACACUUUGACAGAUUUGUAAGCAGAACGGAAUAAUAACGUGCUCCGCUCCAAAAGACAUACUUAAUGAAAUUAUUGUUAUUUAUUUGGUUAAUAUUUAUUUUCGAUAAAAUCGAAACUUCUAAAAUAUUAGUGGUGGCUCCGAUGCCUACGCAUAGCCACUUUACCGUAGCCUUCAGGCUUGCCAAAGAACUAGCCGAUAGAGGUCAUGUUGUCACCGCUAUAACCCCUUACCCCCAAAAGAUACCCAUCAAAAAUUAUAAAGAUGUUCCAGUGAUAGAAAACAUUGAAGUCAUGGCAGAAGAAAAGAAGGCAUUUUUUGAAAAGAACAAGCGUAAAAUGACCGAAAAUAUUAUGUCGUUGUUCAAAAUGACGUUCCUAUUAACUCAGUCCACACUAGCAAACGGAAAUGUACGAACACUGAUGAAUUCUAAAGAGCAUUUCGAUGUAAUAAUCGUGGAGCACUUCUUAAACGAAGCGAUCGUGGGACUUGGGCAUCACUUCAAAGCGCCCGUGAUACUCUUAUCCUCUGUUAUUUCGAGUGUAAUGAAUAACUACAUCUUCGCCAACCCCGCUCCGGUGUCAUAUGUUCCCAGUAAAGGAGGCAUGCUCACGAAACACAUGAGCUUCUGGCAGCGAGUCCAAAACUUAUUUAUGACCGGCAUUUUUAAUCUCAUAAUGGAAUUUCAUCAUUUACCCAGUCAACGUGAAAUUUUUAAGAAAUACGUCAGCGCCGGUGUUGAGCUGGAUGAUGUUCUGUACAACGUCAGUUUGAUGCUUACAAAUUCCCACGUUAGCGUAUCUGACGCCGUUCCUCUUGUGCCAGGCAUAAAGGAAAUUGGGGGUUAUCACAUCAUGCCGCCUCAAAAAUUACCUGAUGAUUUACAAAAUUACCUCGAUAACGCCCACGACGGCUUCAUACUUUUCUCAAUGGGUUCAACACUACAAAGUAAAGACCUAAAACCGUGGAUGAUCGAUGCCAUCCUUAGAGCUUUUGCAAAAAUCAAACAGAAAAUCUUGUGGAAAUUUGAAGAGGAUUUGAAUCAACUACCGGAAAACGUUAAAGUAAUGAAGUGGGUGCCGCAACAGGACGUUUUAGCUCAUCCAAAUGUUCGAGCAUUCAUAACACACGGAGGGUUUUUAAGCUGCACGGAAAGCGUGUAUUAUGGAGUGCCCAUAAUUGGUAUUCCAGUGUUUGGGGACCAAAAAUAUAACAUCGCAGCAGCUGUCAGUAAUGGUUAUGCCGUCAAGAUAGAUGUAAGCGAACUGAGAGAGCAAAAACUCACUUGGGCCUUAAACGAGGUUUUAAAUAAUGCCAGAUAUCGAGAAAACUCACAGAGACGUUCAAGAUUAAUGCACGAUCAACCCUUAAAACCAAUCGAUGCGGCUGUCUACUGGGUGGAGCAUGUAAUUCGUCAUAGAGGAACACCUCAUUUCAAAUCUGCCGGAUUAAAUGUGAAAUGGUACCAAAGAGAAAUGGUGGAUAUUUUUCUUUUUCUUCAUGUAAUGGUUACUGUUAUGCUGUUGGUGUUUUAUACAACCGUUAAAAAUGUAUUAAAUUUGAUUGACAAGAAAAAAGCCAAUGCGGUAGUACGGAAGAACAAUGAAUAGAUGUCAGACGGAUAUUAACCUAACAA